UCUGUAGCUAAAAACGUUCUUUGAGGUCUCACUCACUCUCUCUCUCUCUCCCGAGAGAUCGAUCAAAAAACAGAAAAUCAAAGCCUAUCACCGAUGCCGCCACCAACGCCCCUGAGCAGCGCCUCCGCCGCGCUCCGGCGGCGGCUGCAGCAGUCCCUGCGGACCCGCGGCGGCGCGGAGUCCGGGCCGAGCCGGUGGACGAGCCCCGGCCACGAGGAGAGGCCGAAGGGGUACCUCUUCAAUCGGACCCCUCCGCCCCCGGGCCAGUCCCGCAAGUGGGAGGACUGGGAGCUCCCCUGCUACGUCACCAGCUUCCUCACUAUCGUCAUCCUCGGCGUCGGCCUCAACGCCAAGCCCGAUCUCACCAUCGAAACCUGGGCCCACGAAAAAGCCCUCGAGCGCCUCAAGAUCGAAAACUCCCUCGCCGCCGCCGCAACCAAUAACAACAGCGAGUCGUCGUCCUACGACGAAUCGGACUGAGUCGACUCGGAUCCGUCCAUGUUAGGUUUUGUUAAAGGAAAAACAAAAAAGGUUUCUUCGCUGUAAUAAGGGUAUACAACUCUUGGAAUUUGAACUCCUUGGUUACUCUUAUUUUUCUUCUGUGUUUUGAAUUUUGAAUUGUGAUGAUGAUGAUGAGAUUGUUGACUCGCUUGAUAUUGUUGUUAUUGACUCUUUCUUGAAUGUGGAUAAGGCGUUCUGCGUUA